UCGGCGAUUUCGGAGACAACAUGACAAGUUGUACACAAACCUCGUAUUCGUACGUUUAGCAGAUUGCACACCGCGAGUGUGCAAGAUUUUCCAAUUGACGGUGCAAAAAUCAACUUUUCCGGUACAAAAUGACCUACUUGAGCUCGUGGGAGGAAUUCGAAAAGUGCGCCGAACGUCUGUACUUGCAGAAUCCGAUGAAGACCAGGUACACGAUGAAAUACUGCCAUCAAAAAGGAGUUCUCGACUUCAAGAUCACCGAUGACAAAACGUGUCUGCAAUACAAGACCGAAGUUGCCCAAGAUGUAAAGAAAAUGGAGAAGUUUAUUAAAAACUUGAUGCGACAUAUGGCAUCAAAAGAAAACUAAAGUGUAGGUUUGUAAAUAAAAGUGUAGUUUUGUAAAUAAAAACUGAUGAUCGUCAACAUUUGUGCAAAGAAAAGUUGUGUCGCCGUAAUGCUACUUCUGUACUGUAAACACUUUUCUUAUAUCCUACAUGAAAGUUAAGUCUGUGUCAAGUUUAAAAGUUUGUUUUGUACUAAAUGCACAUAUGAUCAUCAUUAUCAUCAAGUCAUUUUGCAUCCAAAUUGCAUCAAUGGGGAUCGCUUCUAAUUAGAUUGUGCAAUAUACACAUAGAAAAGAGAUAGUUGUACUCAUCCUGAAACUUUUGAUAAACAUUGAACAAUUGUCUUGACUAAUAAUAAUUUUUCAAUCUCUCUUUGACAAACGAAAAACGGAAGAAUAAUUUAUAGCCUCCAUAGAGAAUGUUAUAUAGAGCAUGUAUAGAUUGUAGAUAGAUCUCUUUUUGUAAAUACAUUGUUACAACAGAAUGCUUUCAAUUUGAUAAAUUUGAAGCAACAAAAUGUGAAUAAUGUUAUACAAGGAGAGAAAGAAAUGUAUACUUGUGCAAGAAAAUUUGUAAGUUAGCAAUGAACAAUGAUUCUGUACAAUCUUCAACUGAUUUAGUUGAAAUAAUAUUUCACAGAAGAUGAUAGAGAUGCUUAAUGCAAAUGUUUUUUUUAAUAAAUUGUGUAAUGUGUUAAAACUGCUGAUGUUUUAGAAAAACAUUGCUUGAUUUUUGUCAUUAGAUUCUUUAUUGUGGUACAUUGUUAUUUAUUUUAGUUUUCAUUGAAAACCUUUGAAUAUACUAUUGUUAUAAUCUUUUACAUAUUUCAUGAUGUAUUAAUAAUGUACUUGCUAUGAUAAUCAUAGCGACAUUUUGAGAUCUUUUAACAAAACAAUUUAUUUCUUUUUAAAACUUUUUUACUUAAAAGAAAAGU